UAUCAUUUUCUCUAGAAAUUCCGAUCAAGAAAAAAAUGCAAUCUUUCGGCGGAAUGCCGUCGAUGGCGAGCAACAUUUUCUCGGCGUACGCGUCGGUGGCGGCGUCGAUGAUGCUAUUCCGGUCGAUGGCAAACGACGUCGUUCCGGAGCCGGUGAAGUCCUUCUUCUACUCUUUCUUCAAACAGUACUUCGACAGAUUCUUCACAAAACCCACGACCCAAUUAACAAUGGUGGUCGACGAGCAGAGCGGCAUCUCCCCCAACGAAAUCUACGGCGCGGCGGAGAUCUACCUCCGCACCAAGAUCAACCCCGCCGCCGACCGCCUCAAGGCCAACAAAUCCUCCAAGCACAAGAAAAUCAUCCUCAGCAUGGAGAAAGGCCACGAGGUCUCCGACAAUUUCAACGGUUUCGAUCUCAAAUGGCAGUUCGUUUUAAUCGAGCCCGACGGCGACAGCCGGAAAUACCGGUCGGAGAAGCGGUACUUCGAGCUCACCUUCGAUAAGCAGAACAAAGAAGCCGUCGUCGGCGAGUACCUCCCUUUCGUACUCGCGAGGGCCAAGGAGAUCAAAGAGAAGGAACGCGCCGUGAAGCUCUACACGCGCGACUGCCCCUUCACCGACGACGACGACGAGGGUGGCAACGGCGGCGGCGGGUACUGGGGCUGCAUCAACCUCGACCACCCGGUGACCUUCGACAAAUUGGCGAUGGAGCCCGCCCUGAAAAAUGGGAUAAUCGAAGAUUUAGACAGGUUUGUUCGGAGGAAAGAUUAUUACAGGAAAGUGGGGAAAGCUUGGAAAAGAGGGUAUUUGCUGUAUGGUCCUCCGGGCACCGGAAAAUCGAGCUUGAUUGCUGCAAUGGCGAAUUAUUUGAAGUUCGAUGUUUACGAUUUGGAGCUCUCGAGUCUGUACUCGAAUUCUGAACUUCGGAGAAUUCUUCUGUGCACGAGCAACAAAUCGAUACUUGUGAUUGAAGAUAUCGAUUGCACCGCGCAAAUGCAUGACAGAGAACGAGACAGAGAUAAUACGGAUUCCGACCACGAAGACUCCGCUGGCACAAAGUUGACUUUGUCGGGAUUGUUGAAUUUCAUCGACGGGUUGUGGUCGACGUGCGGGGACGAGAGAAUCGUGGUUUUCACAACGAACCAUAAAGAGAAGCUGGAUCCUGCGCUGCUGCGCCCCGGGAGAAUGGAUAUGCACAUUCACAUGGGGUACUGUACGCCGCAGGGAUUCGAUGUGUUGGCGAUGAAUUACUUGGGUGUUGGUGAUUAUCCGGGGUUGUUUGGUGAGAUUAAGGAGUUGAUCGGAGAGGUGGAUGUUACUCCGGCGGAGAUUGCGGAGCAUUUGAUGAGGAAUGAGGAUGUUGAUCUUGCUCUGCGAGGGGUGGUUGAUUUGCUUAAGAAGAAGAAGUGUGAAGUGGUGGCGGCGGCGGUGGUGGUGGUGGUGGAGAGUGAUGGAAGUAAAAUUGGAGGUGGUGGAGAUGAGAAAUUGGAGAAGGAGAAGAAGAAGUUUGGGAGGUUUGUGAAAAGAUUAUUGAAAUUUAGGAGGGAAUUGAGGGAAGAAAGUAAGACCAAAAUGUUGUUGAUGUGAGUUGAAUUAAUUAUUAAUAUGUUAUUAAUUAUGUAUUUAUUAUGUAUUGAUGAUGAUGAUGAUGAUGAUGAUGAUGAUGAUGAUGAUGAUGAUGAUGAAAUAUGUUGUGGAGUUGUUUUUCUACAUGAAUAAAUUGAUAAUCUAGGCGUUUUGAAAUAA